AUGGAGAACGCAGGAGCAAGUUUAUUUAAAGACUAUAGGCAAGAAUACAAGUAUUGGCCCCUUGCUUCACUAUUGUAUAAGUUGGUUGUUGCAACAAUAACAAUUAUGGCGAACUUAUAUGUCCCUGGUCUGAUGUUAUUAUUAACAUUCGUAUAUGUUGGUUAUGGCGUUUUGAUUUUCUUCCUUAAACCAUUCGAAAAUAAGUUUAACAAUUGGAUCGAAAUUGCAAACAAUGGUUUGAGUUUUAUCUUCUCAUUUAUUUCAGUUUCAGCUGCAUUCGGCGCUAAUGUUCCACCUCUUGUAUUGACUAUAAUGAGCUCAAUUGAAACAAUCAUUUCCAUUGGUCUAGAAAUUGCUGCCUAUGUUAUUGACAAGAAAAACAGUCAGAAUGAAGAAAAGGCGAAGAAAAUGAAAGAACUUGAAGCAAAUUAUUUAUUGGAAAAACCACUUUUAUAUUAUACAACGGUUUUCUUUUACUUUGGUUGCUUUAUUAUUGGAUUUUUCGUUGCUAAUAUUAUAGCAAUUACAACACCAGUUAAGAAUGAUCUCGAAAUGAUUCCCACAAAUACGUGCGUAUUCCUAGAAUAUGAGCCAAAGAUGGACUUUCUCGAUACUAAUAAAUGUGUUCAUCUUAGCGAUAUCAAACCGUCUAUAGAAGAGAGAUAUUAUACCGAUGAAUGA